AUGCGUAACAACUUGUUUCCAACUUCCUUGAGUACUGGUUUACUCGUUUUUCAAUGCCACGACGUUCGCCCCCAAGUUCGCUGCGUCUCGUUCAGGGCCCUGUGCCUUCCCGAAUGGUGCCAAAAGCCGGUCAUACCCUUCCAUCCGUUCCCCGACCAACAUUCUCGCAACCCGCUACCGUUGUUAGAGGCCCGGCGCCUCGUCAACAGGUUUUGAGAGAGGAAUCCCUCAAGUUUGAUGCUCUGCCUGCCCUCUUGAUUAGUGUGACAGGCAAAGGAAGUCUUCGUGGACCAUGGGACCACAGUUCGUGUCGGGUUGACGUUGAAGAGCUCUUGGCGCCGAUGGAGCCUGUUGCGUCCUCGUUUUAA